CAUAUUCUUCUUCAUCUAUCACAUCCUCUGCUUCCUGUUUCUUAUUUACUAAUUUUUAUUUUUAUUUUCAUCUGUCAUAUCUAAGAUCAGAAUUUAACUCUUUAAUUAUGUGUAUCUUGUUUCACGGUGAUCAUUAUCAUAUUUAUUCAGUUCUGAAUAUCAGAUUAGUUUGACUAUACUCUUCUUCUCUUGCUUCGAAUUUUGGGUUAUUGCUUACUGUUCACAGUCCCUAACCUGUAUCCGAUUUCUUACUUCCCUCUAAUUUCUUGUGUUGUGUAAAAUACUAGCCAAACCUACCCUUUCCCAUCACUUUUCUGUUGCAGUUCAGUCCUGGAGUUUGAAACCAUAGGCUAGCAAAAUUGGGAAGGGAUGAUCUCUUAAUGGUUGAAAUUGUGGUUUGGCUUUUUGUAAACUAAAAUUAUUGGUUUUAUAGGUUUCUGGGUGAUGGGUUCUGUUCGUUGUCACCUGGCUUCCCCUUGUUAAAACGAUUACCUUUUCGUUUCUAUUCUGUCUUUGAGCCUCCCACUCCUUCAUAAAACCACCUCUUAGAUGGGCCACCGCUCUAUGAGGCAUGAGCUCUUUCCUCUGCCUUGUUGUCUCUGGAAUUGAAGAUUCUUCAAACAUGCUGCUCUUGAAUACAAUAAAUAAUAAAAAUAAUAUCUGAAUUUUUUGCCCAACUUUUAUUUUUGUAAACGAAUAAUUCCCUAAUCUGAAUUCGAAUCCAAGUCCAAUUUUUAUUUUGUCCACUUUUGUGACUGCUUUUUGACUGAACCCAUAAAUUAAUCAAUUGAAUUAUUUCGAAUAAUUCCCGAAUCCGAAUUUACUAACUAGGCUAAAGGCUUGGAUAUCUGUUGUUAGCAAAAAAAAAAAAAAUGGUGAGGGAAUGGGGAGAGUCAGAGAAGGAUGAGAGAAGAAGGGGAUAAAUUGGGGAGAGAGGGUGUGUAUAGUGAAAGAUUUGGGCGAGAGAAAGAGAGAGAUCCUAUGGCUGGGAGGCACUUGGGGUGCAUGCCCGGGUGCUGCCAGCUUUCACAUUUGAGCUGGAGAGAAUCUCCUCUAGAAUAUAAAGGUUGAGGUGGUUUAUAUUUGUAUGCACCUUAUUGGGAAAAUUAUCCUCUCCAGGGAGGAUAAGAUGGGGUGAGGUGCAGUGAAGUGAGAGAUUAUGGCACAUGUUGCAAACGAAUUCAACUGUGAAGGAGGCUCGUCCGAACCUAACCCAUUCACAACCCAUUUCAGCUGGAGGAUGACGAAACCCGCCCGAUUAUGACUCACAAUCCCAAGAUAGGGUUCGUAUUUCCCUUUCCCAUUCACGGCUCUGCUUCCUUAUUAUAGGUCUGGAAGACGACUAGAACAGCCACGGAAAGGUGUGAAUUGAGCAGCAGCUGAUCACAGUAGAGACCACCGAAAAGCGAGGAUAAGGUGUGAAUCGAGCAGCAGCUGUUCCGGCAACUGAAUUCUGAGAACAGCUGAAAGGAAAAGGAAAAGAAAACAUGCCUUCCCUGCAAACAGCUUUACCUCCUGAGCUUGCAAACAAUGUGAUAAGGCUCUACCGUGAAUGCCUCAGAAGAGCUCGCUUCAUUGGUCACCGGCAACAUAACACAGAGCUUGUUGUUGAUAUGGUAAGGGAGCAAUUCAAAAAGCACAUGCAUGAGACAGAUCCAGAAAAGAUUCAGAAAUUGAAGGAUGAUGCUGCAAGAGGACUUAUAAAUCACAUACUUUAUGAGUCAGAGAAGAUGAGUGGUCGCAAAUUCAGCAAUAACUCUUGAUGUUUCGUCUGAAUGACUUAUUAUCUUCCUUCCAUGCUGUGUUUGGUAACUUUGACACCACCUCCAAAUAAAAAAGCGAAAGAGGGGUGAAAAUGAACAUUCUGGUUUGGUUUCUUCUGUUUCCAUUAUUUUUGGGUUUUCUAAGUGUUGAUGAGAUUUUGGGCUGAGGUUCAAUGGUUACAUGACUUUGAGGAACUGUAAAGGUAGCAUGAAAUUGAGAGAAUGUGAGACCAAUAUAUUGGCAGGUGUUUGGUAAUGUCAAA